AUUUUUUUAUCACAGUGACGUUUUCGUGACGCUUCGCAAUCCAUGUCACAAAAGAGGGUAGCAUGUCUUCGGGUAUGAAAUUCAAUGGUCUGCUGCGCUUUUGGCCGCCGCCAGUUCAGAUUUUCCAAAUUCGAAACAUAUAUAUUGGCAAUUCCGAAGGAGGACCGAAGCCAAAGGUAUUUGACAAGGAAAAGCUGAAGAAGUACAAGGACGAACUCAUUGGCAAGGACACUGGUAAAAACUACAACUACGUGGAUAAGGUGGCAAUAAUAACGGGCGGUGCAUCUGGUAUUGGUUACGAGUUCGCUAAAACGUUGGCCGACAAGAAACUCUUGGGCGUCGUUAUUGCUGAUAUAAAUGUAGAGGCAGGAGAGACGGCGGUCAGAACAUUGGGAAAUAACGUGAUGUUCGUGAAGACCAACGUACAGAACAAUUCUGAGCUUAAAAGUUGCUUUAGGAGGGUGAUGAAGAAGUACCAUAAAUUGGAUUUGUUGAUCAACAAUGCCGGGAUUUACAAUGAGCGAAGCGUCGACAAAGUAUUGAAUACGAACGUCAGGGCAUUGAUGUACGGUACUUUUUACGGGUUCAUGUACAUGGGAAAACAUCGGCGAAGACACGGUGGUAUCAUCAUCAACGUGAGUUCCGUAGCCGGAAUACGACAAUACGCGGGAUUCCCGCUCUACACCGGUGCCAGUCAUUUCGUGGUAGGAUUCUCCAGAAGCAUGGGGACACCCUUCUUCUACGACCUUACAGGCGUGAAAGUCUUCACAAUAUGCCCAGGAUUUACGGACACCCACCACCUGAAGGACAUUAACGUCCUUCGCGGCUUCGACGACCUCAAAUCGUACACGAUAUCGACAAUCUCCAGCAAAAUGCAUCAAUCUCCAUCCGUUUUUGGACCAGCACUUAUUACAGUAAUCGAGAACGGUCGGAACGGAUGCACCUGGGUUGUCGAGAACGGUAAACCGGCAUACGAAGUUUCACCCAAGGAGUCCACCGUCAUCUAGCCAAACUAUACAUAAUUUUAUGUAAUUUAUUUAAGUAUAAAAAAAAAGAUAAACAACG